CGGGGCGGGCGGCGGCGGGGGAAGAUGGCGGCGGCUGUGGGCCGGUGGCGGGCCGGGCUGUGGCUGCUGGCCGUGGCGCUGCGGCUGGGUGGGCCGCGGGCCGAGCAGACCGAGGAGCACCUGAAGCGGGAGCACUCGCUCUCCAAGCCCUACCAGGGCGUGGGCUCGGCCAGCUCGGGGCUGUGGGACCUGCAGGGCAACGCCAUGGUGAUGACGCAGUACAUCCGCCUCACCCCCGACGCGCAGAGCAAGCGGGGCGCCGUCUGGAACCGCGUGCCGUGCUACCUCCGCGACUGGGAGAUGCAGGUGCACUUCAAAAUCCACGGGCAAGGCAAGAAGAACCUGAACGGCGACGGCUUUGCCAUCUGGUACACCAAGGACCGCAUGCAGCCAGGACCUGUCUUUGGAAGCAAGGAUAACUUCCUGGGCCUGGGGGUGUUUGUGGACACCUACCCGAACGAGGAGAAGCAGCAGGAGCGUGUCUUCCCCUACAUCUCUGCCAUGGUGAACAACGGCUCGCUCACGUACGACCACGACCGGGACGGGAGGCCCACGGAGCUGGGGGGCUGCACGGCCAUGGUGCGCAACCUCAACCACGACACCUUCCUGGUGAUCCGCUACGUCAAGAGGAGGCUGACGGUGAUGAUUGACAUUGAUGGCAAGCACGAGUGGCGGGACUGCAUCGACGUGCCAGGCGUGCGCUUGCCCCGCGGGUACUACUUCGGGACCUCCUCUGUCACUGGAGACCUCUCAGACAACCACGACAUCAUCUCGCUGAAGCUUUACCAGCUGACGGUGGAGCGGACGCCGGAGGAGGAGAAGCGAGACAGGGAGGUGUACCUGCCCGUGGUGGACAACCUGAAGCUGCCGGGCAUGGAGGCGCCGCUGGAGCCCAUGAGCGGCCUGGCUCUCUUCCUAAUCGUCUUCUUCUCCCUGGUUGCCAUCGUCUUCGCCAUCGUUAUCGGAGUCAUUGUCUACAACAAGUGGCAGGAGCAGAGCCGGAAACACUUCUAUUGACUUGGGAGCCUGCCUGGGAUGGCCCCUCGCUAGCCACACCCUAGCUCCCAUCCCAGGCUGGCCAGAGCGCGAUGGACCCGGCCUCGUGGCAGGGCCCCCGGUGUCCCCAAAGCCCCAGCGGGGACGGCCACCGUUUCUCGUCAGACUCCAGGACCCCCCGGUGCGAGCGGGGACCCCCAGCGCGGCGUGGCUGGGGCCGGGUGCUGCGGGGACGGAGCCGCCAUCCCCUGAGGGUUUGCUGGGAGCAGGAGCCUCGCUCUGGGAGCUGUUUGGGACUGGGCUGUGGGGUUAUGGCAGCGCCGAGCCGCCUCUCUGCUGUCCGGGGAAUACAGAGGUCACUGCUUCGGCUGUGAAAUCCCGGCUGAGAGCAACGCAGCGAGCAGAGCCCAGCCAAGCGCCUGCGUUCCUUGCCAGGCUCUGACGACAGCCCCUCUGCAGCGGUUUCCUUUCUAGGAGGGGUUUGCCGAGCUGCUCAUCCCCCCCCCGGCUGCUUUUUAGGCCGUCUUUAGAGACCGGACUGCUUUUCCUUGGCACCUUGAGCUCCCCCCACCACCGCACAACCCCUCUGGGUCCCUUCAGCCUCCCCGGUUUGAUGUUUUCGGGCUGCUGAUGGAUUUCCCCAUCCCAGGCAGCUCGAGCUGGCAGUCUGCCUGGCCGCUGGGGGCUUAAUUCCGUGCUCCCCUCUUUUACCACCCGUUUGCUGCUGCUGCUGCCGCCUCCCGGGGCUCGGCCCCUCUCCCCGCUCCAGCAUGCCGCUGCCUCCGCACGCCUUCCGCACCGGUGCCGUCCGCAUGCCGUGUCGUGGCUUCACCGGCUUUCCCCGGGGCUCCCCCUCGCUGCGUCCCGACCCCGCCGAGGAGGAGCCGAGCUGCGCGUGCCUCUCGGAGCCGCAGCUCCCGCUGCCCUUCAGGGAGCUGUAGUUUAUUCCUACCUCAGCGCCUUCUUGCUGUGUUUCUCUCGCCAGCGGUCGCCAGAAGGAACGGCGCGGCCGGUUUUACCUGCAAAGGGACGGGGCGGCCGCCUUCCCCCCGGGGACUGCCUCGAGCUCCUGUGGUCGCUUUCCCAGAGCGAGGGGUGGUGGCAGGGGGUCCCCGGAGGGACCCAAGAGAGGGAAAAAUGAGGUCACUUUGUCCCAGGAGCCUCCCAGCAGCUCUGGGCACGUCCAGAUGGCGAAUCUCUGCAGCACCCUCCUUGCUGGGGCCCUGGGGCAGGGCUGGGAGCUGUGUCCUCCGCACCCUGCUGCUUCCCGGGGUGCUUUCUGACCCGGGCCAGGUCCCAGCCCACGGGAAGCGGUGGUUUUUUGUGAGCAACCACUGCUUUUUUUGGCAGAAAGCUGCCGCCGGGGUAGGUGGAAGCUUUUUUAGAAGUGCCCAGGCGUUCUUGUGGCCUGAAAGGACUAUUUCUGGCGUUUUGCCUCUGGGUUUUUUUUUUGCCUGAUGACCAGGAGUGAAAUGCGUGCGCCUCUUCCCAGAGCUGUUACUGGUGUCUUGGAAUAAACGUUGGUGUGUGUGA